AUGAAGUUCGUCUCAGUCCUGAGUGUCCUCGGGGCUCUCACGGCCGUGUCUGCCGUCCAGGUGAACCCACUUCCCGCCCCCCGCAACAUCACUUGGGGCUCGUCCGGUCCGAUUCAAGUGCAACAAUUGUCUCUGCGAGAUCAACACACCAGCCCGGUGGUGGUGAGUGCUUGGGUGCGAGCAUGGAACUCCAUCACCACCCUUCAAUGGGUUCCCGCCGCCGUGGAAGCUCCGAUCUCCAACUACCCGGCCUUCCCCACCUCAACCCCCGAGUCCAAGACCAAGCGCGCAAACGCGGGCAUCCACUACGUCAAGGUCCAGAUCAAGGACAGCAAGGCUGAUCUGCAGCAUGGCGUGGAUGAAUCAUACACCCUCGAGGUGACCAAGGGGUCCAGCGACAUCAAGAUCACUGCCCAGACCGUCUGGGGUGCGUUGCACGCGUUCACCACACUGCAGCAGAUCAUCAUCUCCGACGGAAAGGGUGGUUUGAUCAUUGAGCAGCCUGUCAAGAUCCAGGAUGCGCCGCUGUACCCCUACCGUGGCAUUAUGGUUGAUACCGGUCGCAACUUCAUCUCGGUGCGCAAGAUCAUGGAACAAAUCGAUGGCAUGGCUCUCUCCAAGCUGAACGUUCUGCACUGGCACCUGGACGAUGCCCAGUCCUGGCCAAUGCAGAUGCGCUCUUACCCAGAGAUGACCAAGGACGCCUACUCUCCUCGCGAGAUCUACACCGAGGCCGAUAUGCGCCGCGUCAUUGCCUAUGCUCGUGCCCGUGGUGUGCGCGUGAUCCCAGAGGUCGACAUGCCCGGCCACUCAGCCUCAGGCUGGCAACAGGUCGACCCGGAGAUUGUGGCGUGUGCCAACUCCUGGUGGUCCAAUGACGUAUGGCAAUACCAUACCGCGGUUGAGCCAAACCCGGGUCAAUUGGAUAUCAUCUAUAACAAGACCUACGAAGUCGUCAACAAUGUCUAUCACGAUCUGUCUGCCAUCUUUGAUGACAACUGGUUCCAUGUUGGCGCCGACGAGCUCCAGCCAGGCUGCUACAACUUCAGCACCCACGUUACUGAAUGGUUUGCCGAGGAUCCCUCGCGCACAUACAACGACCUUGUCCAAUACUGGAUCGACCGCGCGGUCCCAAUCUUCCGUAGUGUCGGCAAACACCGCCGCAUGAUGAUGUGGGAGGACAUCGUUCUCUCCACCGAGAAUGCCCACGAUGUGCCCAAGGACAUCGUCAUGCAAAGCUGGAACAACGGCCUAGACAACAUCAACAAACUCACCGCAGCGGGCUACGACGUCGUCGUCUCCUCCUCGGACUUCCUCUACCUAGACUGCGGCCACGGCGGCUUCGUCACCAACGAUCCCCGCUACAACGAGAACUCCAACCCCGACGGCGGCGUCAACUUCAACUAUGGCGGCAGCGGUGGAUCCUGGUGUGCGCCCUACAAGACCUGGCAACGCAUCUACGACUACGACUUUACCUCCAACCUCACCGACGCGCAAGCAUCUCAUGUUCUCGGCGCUGAGGCACCCCUUUGGUCCGAGCAGGUCGAUGAUAUCAACAUCUCCACCGAAAUGUGGCCUCGGGCGGCUGCUCUGGCUGAACGGGUUUGGUCGGGUAACCGUGAUGCGGCUGGUAAUAAGCGCACAAACCUGCUUACCCAGCGCUUGCUAAACUUCCGCGAAUAUCUCGUUGCCAAUGGUGUGAUGGCUAAUGCGCUUGUACCCAAGUAUUGUUUGCAGCAUCCCCAUGCCUGCGAUCUUUACCAGAACCAGACUGCUAUCUCGUAG